GGCUUGUGUCCUUUAGUCCAACUGUGGGCGGGGAAACGGAGGCUCCUACUUAUACAACCCGAAUUUUACUGUAAGCAGAUUAACAUAGACGCCAAUACGGACAGUAACAAAAAAGGAGGUUAAGACGCGGACGAACUCUACUGUGUGUUUCAACAGGAUACAAAACCAUGAAUAAGGACACGGACAUCGACAUGAAGGACGUGGAACUGAAUGAGGUGGAUCCUGAAAAGCAGCCUAUGACAGGAGAUGGUCAGGCAUCUAGUGGAGAGAAGAACGGCAGUGUCAAGCUGAAGGUCCCCGAUGAGGAGGCUAAUUUCACCGGCUUGUCUAAAGAAGAGCUGAUGAAGGUGGCUGGUACUCCAGGAUGGGUAAGGACUCGUUGGGUGCUUCUCAUCCUGUUCUGGCUGGGCUGGGUGGGCAUGCUGGCCGGAGCCAUAGUGAUCAUUGUCCAGGCCCCUCGCUGUAAACCCAUUCCUGAAAUGAACUGGUGGAAUGAAGGACCCCUCUACCAGAUCAGUGACUUUGAAGCUUUUGCCGAGGGAAUGGAAGGUGCUGAGGUAAAGUUGGAUGUUAUUAACCAGUUGAAGAUUAAAGGUCUGGUUCUCGGCCCUCUACACACCGUUCAGACUGACAACCCUAACACCCUGGAACUUCAAUCCAUCGAUCCAAACCAAGGAAAGAAGGAUACAUUAAAAGCUUUACUGGACAAGGCCCACAAGAAAGGCAUUUCUGUGGUUCUUGACUUGACUCCAAACUACAAUGGAACAUCUCCGUGGUUCAGGAGCAGCGUUGCUGUUGAUGUGAUGGACAAAGUCGAAACUGCUUCAGAAUACUGGUUGGACUUUGGUUUCGAUGGCAUCAAAGUUUCGGGCUUGACCGACGUUGCCAACACACAGGGAUGGUCACAAUUUCAAUCUGUUGUUCAAGGCAAUCGCACCGAGGGAACUACAAAGAGGCCCUUGAUAGCUGUGGCUAAAGGUGCCUCAGCUGCAGAAGUGUCUCAGCUUGUCAACACCACUGGUGUAGACCUACUCCUGUCAGACCUGCUCAGCAGCCAAGCUGGAGGUGUGGAGCGCAUCGAGGCUUUGAACAGCCUUCACACUCAGCAGAGAAGUCUGGGUUGGGGUCUGGGUGCUGCUCAAAACGAUCACAUGUCUAAACGGGCUGCAACUCAGGCCCUGAUGCAACUCUACCAGCUCCUUCUGUUCACCAUGCCUGGAACUCCAGUGUUUACCUAUGGAGAUGAGAUCGGUCUUCGUUCAAAAACGGGUGAACAAUAUCCUAGCAUGGUUUGGGACGUUGAGAAGGAACCUGCUGAAGGAGAAACUGUUGAUGCUGCAGCUGAGACUGAGAGGAAACAACAUGUUGCUAUGAAAAUGUGGUUCAGAUCCCUGAGCGAGCUGAGAGGCAAGGAGCGAUCUCUCCUCUAUGGCGACUACUACCCUCUCUACUCCUCCCCCAACUCUCUGGCUUUCCUCCGUCUUUGGGAUCAGAGUGAGAGAUUUAUAACAGCCGUCAACUGGGGAGACGCACCUGAGGCUCUGAAACUCUCGCUGACACCUACAGAGGGAGUUGAGUUGCCCCAGUCGGCCGUAGUCCGACUGAUCUCUGGCUCCUCUGACGCUUCAGACCUCAAAGAAGACUCCACGGUCGAGCUGGACAAAAUCACUCUGGCACCAGGUCAAGCCGUCCUGCUGCAGUACGCCUAUUCAGCCUAGAGAUGGCGCCAAACUGCAAGAACGUCGGCAGUUUAGGUUUGAAGAUAUUCUAGGUAUUACAAAAAUUUAGGAAUAAAUUGGCAUAUCGGGAAGUGGCUAGGGUAUUUAAAAAAACAAAACAAAACCUGAUUUUGCGACUAUAUUUUGAUUGAUAUCAGAUUAAAGACAAAUCCUAGUCAUCUACAGGAAGCCAACUCUUGUUACUAUGAAAGUUCUCUCUGACAGUCAGUGAUAUUAAUUGUUUUUUAAAUUUUCUUUCUAUUACUUUUCUUGUUCACAAAAACAUUCCAUUUGUGUUGUUUGGGCAUUUUUUAAACUUUUUUUUUUCUUAAAAUUUUUUUUAAAGAUCCUGUUUUUAAGAAAUGUUUUACAUGAACUACUACAGAGCAACAAAAGAAUUUAAAAAAAGAGGUAUUGGUGCUUCUCUAUUGAUGUGUUUUAGACUCAAUAAGAAAACAAACCGCUCCAUUUCUGUUAUGUGACUUGAAUUGGAAAUGAAUAAAAACACACAUUUGUUCCUAA